AUGAACCUUGGGAGUAACGCCCCAAGAGUAGACAGUACCUUCUCGGCAAAGAACAUCCAUGCGGUCAAGUGUUGCUUCAUCAACCUUUGGAUUCUCAUUAAUCACGGCAUAGUCGUCAAAGUUUACACCACAUGCCUUCGCGAUAGCAGUCACGAUCCCCCCUACCACAAUAGCACCCCUGUUUCGCUCUUGGACUCCGGCCAGAUGACUCAUCAGACCCCCAGACACAAAUCCCAAAACCCGAUCAACUUGCAUCAAGCUCCAAUUGUACUCCUUUCUUCCCAAAUGAAAUCGAAUCACCCCACCGGCUUUACUGUCAUUGAACUUGACAUGCAAAGAGCUUAA